AAGCUAUUUUUGUCAUCAAAUAAGAUUUCACAAAUUGAGAAUGUCUCACAUUUGGUCAGAUACAACAGCAGUUAAAUCACAUCCAAAGAAAACCAGGUGAAAUGAUGAACGCAGGAUUUCCAGGUCCACGAAUUGUUACGCCUAAUUAAUUUUUAAGACAAAGUCCAUCGCCUUUGGCUUCGAGUCCAGCUGGAUUAGGAGCACCCCAUCCAGAUGGUAGCCUCGCUUGCUCUAGUGCCAUCACCAAGCUCUCAACAUGCAAUAAUGACGGGACCUGCUCGUUCCGUAAAUUCCAUAGGUAUGGCACUAUUUUCAAGCAGUUCGUUAAACACUCCUGGAGGUAUAGGUGCUACGCCGAGUCCUCAGCAAAAGGAUCAGGCUUAUAGAGACAACGUGAGACAACUGAGUAAAUACAUAGAGCCGUUACGAAGAAUGAUCGCUAAGAUGGGCAGUGAAGGAAAUGUUGAUAAGCUGAGCAAGAUGAAAAAGCUGUUGGAAGUUUUAUCGAAUCCUAGUAAACGUAUGCCAUUGGACACGUUACUGAAAUGCGAAGUUGUCUUGGAAAAAUUGGAUUUCAAAAGAGCAGAUGGCAGUGUGGGACUACCGCCAACGACAUUGAAAGAGCACCAAAUUUUUAGUCCGCUAUUGGAGGCUGUAAAUACGCAUCUUUAAAGCCCGGUAAUCAAUCAUACAUUGCAGCGUACUUUUGGAGCGUACCUGGAUGCUUUAUUUGGACCAGAAAUAAAAACUUUGCCUCCAUCAUUGAAAAAGCAAAAGAUAGAAGAACCACCCAGUGAAAUACGAGAUGUUUUACAAGGAGAAAUAGCUAGACUGGACCAACGAUUUAAGGUCAGUCUGGAUCCAGCGCAGCAAAGUGGAUCCAAGUGCAUACAAUUAAUAUGUUGGCUCGACGACCGUCAUCUUCCAUGCGUUCCACCGAUCUCAGUUACUGUUCCUGCGGACUAUCCUUCAACUCCGCCUCACUGCGUUAUGGCGCCACACAAAUACGAAGCAACAACAUUUUUGUGUGCUGUACAGAAAGCUCUGAAUGCUCGUAUCGCAAAGUUACCACGUCGGUUUUCACUCUCCCAGUUGCUGGAUACGUGGGAGAUGAGCGUUCGACAAGCUAGCGCACCAAGGGAAACAUCUGUUACUGCCAGUACGGUACUCAUGGGUUUAUAGUAUAUCUUUGUAUCAAUUUCUUUAUGUCUGUACUUCUUCAAAUUUUAUGAAGCUUAAUUAAACUGCAGAACAUACAUUUAUAUACAUGUAUAUACAUAUGUGUAAAUAGACAUGUACGGUAAUAAUAUCUGAAGUCAAUACUUUUACAAGAUCUUCGGUGACUAUUCUCAAGCAAGCAAGUUAUAAAAUGACGAAUUCUACAAAAAUUCACUUGAGAAGACAUUUGAAUUUUUUAUACCCAUCAAUAUAUUAUUAUCAUUGAAGAUCUUGUAUAAUAUAUGUGUAAACAGUGA